AUUUUCUUUCUGGCAACGGGACGACGAUACAGGUUGUUUUAUUCGUUAGUUCGAUUGGAUGGUCUUUUCCCCUUCGAUAUCAGACAUGGAAAGGUUGAUCUGUCUUGCACUGUAGCGGUCAUAAAUCCAAUGUACAUGUACCGCACCAGUCUGACUUACACAUUUAUAUUCACAGCCGUCAUUUGAAAUCAAUACAUCAGUAUCACGAGUAGUGGACACAAGAUCAGGAUGAGUCGAAAAGAAUCUAAUUUAGGACUGACACCACCUGCGGAGAACAGGCGAAAGUCCAUAGCCAAAGGGUUGCUUUCACCGACCGACGGUUCCAGGCGACCUAGUAACCUUACGGAUGGUGCUAGAAGACCUAGUAACCUCAUGGACGGUGCCAGAAGACCCAGUACCUUUAUGACCGCGGGAGGAUUGCGGACCAGUCUUCCAGGACCAUCACUCAUAGGACUUCUUGCCUCCAAGCGCUUGGCGAGGCGACUAACCACUCGACUAUUUGGCCGAAAGGGCUCCUCCAGAUUUUCGGGAGUUACGAUCCCAGUGAAAAAGGAACCCACCUAUCGUAUGGAACCGCACCGGAAGUUCCAAUCGGAAAGAGUCCAGGAUGCGAUACAAAAUGUUCUAGACAACAGGCUGGAGAAGUUCACCUACAGGUCCAAGUUGUGCGCUAAUCUAAGUAAAGUUCUGUCAGACGAGAUUAAGGACAAGGUGAAGUUGAUGAAUUUCGACCGCUACAGAAUCAUCUGCGAGGUGCACAUUGGACAGAACAUGCAACAAGGGAUGAUGGUCACCAGCCGCUGUACCUGGGACCCUAGGGUAGACGAUUUUGCCACGUACACGUUCAAAAACGGUCACAUCUUCUGCACAGCUACCGUCUUCGGGGUGUAUCUGGAAUAGGUCUGUUCAAGAGGAAUCGCAAAAGAUGAUCGUAAGACGCGUACGACCCCGUAUUGGUGUCAAAGCUGAUGAUGGCUAAAUCAUUGCAAGAAAAAUAUAUCUGUGUGCCGUAGAGGAUUAAAGCAUCGUCAGUGAUAAUUUUGUGUAAACUAAUACUUUGCUUGAGAAUAACUAUUCAUCAAGCGUGUGUCAUGUUUCGAAAAAAAAAGGAACAAUUUUUCAAUACCAGAUGAACGUAAAACUUUAAGCUGUGGAAGACCUAAUAAUCGGUGAAUUUGUUGAUCGAUGAUAAUUUGUUUGCUUCUUAGAACGACUAGCUUCCAGCGUGAACUACGCAUUGAAGAAUAUAAUUGUGUAUGUAUUUUCAUUAACAUUAUCAGGAUCAAUUAACAAUCUUGCUUUUUCCUGGAAGAUGUGAAGUUCUUGAGUUAAUUGGAGAAUAAGAAACUACGAUUUAUUUAUCAUUAUAGAAAACUAUUCAAACUGUUUAUUUAUUAUUCUUAGAGUGUUUCUAUCAAAUCUCUGGUAUUUUGUAUUUAAAAAAAAAAACACAUUACAAACCAAAGAGUAAACAAUCUGUAUAUUUUUUUAAACAAAUAAUAUAAAUAUAUAUUUUAUACAUAGUAGUUUAUCUAAAAUUUUGCAUAUCUAUAAAAAUAUAACUUCAAAUAUAUUAGUAAUCAAAUUACAGUUUUUAUGUUUCUUGGAUAAACGUGAAAAACAAUGGUUUGUAGACUUAAAACUGAUAAUGUUUCUAAACUUACGAAUUCUCAACGGUAUUUGAAAAAAGAUUUCACAUGGGCCAUAAUUGCGUACUUGGACGUUAACUGUAUAUAAGCACUACGUCAUUAUUUUUGUUAGUACAUGUACUCAAUAUUAUAAUUUCAUUAAUAUAGUAAUAAUGUAUACCACUGUAAUGUAGACAAAUUUCGAUAAGCGUGAACAAUAAUAGCUUGUAAGGGCUCAUUUACAAUUAUCGACAUUUUUACAAGCGAACAAAUGGUAUAUGCUGAGGGUCUGGGGUGGGAUUAAUGUUUUGAAAUUAAAACAAAUGUUUAAAAAAUAUCCUUUGCAAAUUCAAUAUUUUUACGUUUGGUAACGAGGGCGGGGUGCAGGAUCCAAAAUAAAUAAAAUAAAAAGAAAUAAUUUUGGUACAGUUGUGAUAAUGAUGUUAAUUGUGAAUGCAUGGUCCAUUAAACAUAAUAUAAUAGUGAUUAUAUAAUUGGAAAUUCAUAUCGGCAUUUGUAAAAAAAAAAAAAAAGGUUUUACGUAGGCCUACGCCUUGAUGUUAUGACACUUCUUUUUAUUACAAUAAUAAAUUGUUUUGUUUCAACUGCAUAGUUUUGUUAUUUAACAUAUAAACAAUAAAGAUCUCUCCUUAGCAACACUAGUAUAUGUUCUUUAAAUUCCCGAAUUCUAUCUACCCCCACCCCCACCCCCACCAAAAAACAAUGUUGGCUGUACCCAUAUUUUAUAAUAAUAACAAUUGAAACAUUUACCAUAAUGUCAUUAUUUUAUUUUUAGCUGCUCUAUAAAGUUCUGUUGAAUGAAUUUCAUAGACGAUAUGUUGUCCAUUUUGGACAUGAAUACAAAAUACCUUUUGCUGCUGAAGAUUAAUAAAAGUAGCUGGUUUAGAUUGCCCAGGUAACUGAGUUUCGUUCCCAUGUCCGCGUAUUUGAACUUUAAAGGGACAUUCCUGAGUUUACUGCAAUGUUUUCGACUAAUAAAAUAUUUCUACGAUUAAACUUACAUAUUAAAUAUAUUUUCUUGUUUA